GCGGCCGGCCGGGCCGCGCGGCGAAAUAUUCGUUCCUCGUGCUCUUGUGAUCAUAAAAAUUAAAAUAAACAAAAUUCAAAAUAAAACUCUAACCGCGUCUAAUCGAAAAUAUUUUUAGGCUAAAACCCUCGACCCUAAAUUUUUUAACCUAAACUGUUGGUGGAAAAAAGUUUUUUGCAAAAUUUUUAAUAUUUAUGUCGGUUAUAUUUGUAAAGAGAAUUAACGUUUGGCAGUUAUCGAGAAUAUUUUUAUUUGAUAUUUUAUUUUCUUAUCGGACCGAACUCGAGUGAACGAUUGAUAGUGUAGUUUAGCUUAAGCGUUAAAUUAAUAUUAAGGACUAGUUCGUGAUUAAGACUGCCACAAAUAUACUCGUCUAGUAAGUUAGUUAUUGGGACUCAUGUGAUACUUCGUGCGGACAUUAAGUGUUAAACAUCAUCAUCUUUGGACCAAGAUAACCGUCGAUCGGCAUCCACAGGGCGACUCCACACCAUUAAUAAUUAAAAAAAAAGAUCCAUCGGAGGCCACGGGCAUAUUUUGGUCUGAAUAAGUCUCAAAAAUCAUAUCUAUGAACGGGCAAUGCGGCGCAAGUAGCGCGGUGGGGCCCAGCCCGCCGCCCGCUCGGCCAAUCGCGGCGCGCGACGCCGAUGAUGUCAUCGGAGGAGGAGGAUACCCCCUACUCAGAUAAGCUUCUAAAGAAACAGAAACGCGCCAGACAGCGCGUGGACGCCGGCGAGCCGCGCAAUUCUUACUCGACUCUCGCGACGAACGGUCCCGCGCCCGCGCGCUCCGCGAUGAGUGGCGGUAUUUACGGUGCCAUUUUCGAGGGCCGACAACACUUCGGGCUGUUCGGUCCCGGCUACGCGCAGGCCGAGAUGCUCAACGAGCUUCUCGGCCGCCCGCCGAAACAGGAGGACGGCAGCGACGAGGCUGCCAGUGGCGGCAUUGCUCACAGAGUGCUCAGAGACAUUUUACAGAGCCGCAAGGAACUCAUGCGGCUCUCGCCGGACAACAAUAAUGUGAUAGCGAAUAAUAACAAUGACGAACCGAAGAACGAGAAGCGGUCGCCCGAGCGGCCGACUUCCAGAGAUUCCCGGCCGGAUCUCGACGAUGCCCUGCUCGCGUUGGACAGUGCCGGUGAUUCGCGAACGUCGCCGCCGCCCGCGCCGCCUCCGUCCGAACCGUUGCUGGCUCCCAAGUCGGAGCCCGAGGACCGCGACAGCGACGCGCAGCGCUCCUCCCCGCGGCCGCAGGAUGUGAAACGUGCCCGUGUUGAGAACAUUGUGUCGACCAUGCGCGCCAGCCCCGCGCCGCAGCCGCAAGUGAACGGGUGCAAGAAGCGGAAGCUGUACCACCCGCAGCAGCACGACGGCGCGGCCGAGCGCUACGGCACCAGCCACGGCAGCAGCGCGCACACGGUCAGCGAUGACUCGGACGACGACGGCGACCGGCCACCUAUACAACAAAAGUUAGUAGAAAAGAAUGCUUUAAAAUCACAACUUAGAACUAUGCAAGAACAAUUAGCUGAAAUGCAAGAAAAAUAUAUGCAGCUGUGCAAUAGAAUGGGCCAGGACUCAGAAACGGCCGAUAAUGAUGGCAGUGAUGUCGAGCAAACGGAAGACCCCGUUCCUAAAUCGGAGCCGCCUUCGCCGGUGAAAGAAAUCCCGCCUCCCAUUCCGACCAGUGCUCCUCCAAACAUGCUGUCGCAAGUCAUGAGCAAAAUGAUGAGCGCGAAGAUGCACGCACAUGCAGCGGCACACUUCCCUCCGGGUCUCAACGGCACGCUGCCCAUGCUCCCACACAUCCCACCAGAACACAUGCAUCCCCCGCAUCCGCAUCAGCUCAACAAUGCCGCAGCCAUGUACCUUAACGUCAGCCAGAAGCUAUUCCUAGAGCAGCAAGAGGCCCGUAUGAAAGAAGCGGCUGAACAACAACAAAACAUGCAGCAGCAGAGGCCACAGUCCAACCAGCACUCUCCUCAGCAGCGGCAACUCGGCCAGACGCCCAAGCCUCCCCUGUCCUCAGAAUUAGCUGAAAGAUUAGACGCAAUACGUAGCAAUGCCGGUUCAGUAGGACCCGUUUCUGGUGCUGACUUGGAAGGUCUAGCGGAUGUUUUGAAAAGUGAAAUCACAUCGUCACUGGCUAGCCUCAUCGACUCGAUCGUGACUCGCUUCGUGCACCAGCGCAGAAUCAUGGGCAAGCAGUCGGAAGCGGCGGCGGCGGCGGCGGACCAGCUCAACAAGGACCUGAUGCGGGCGACGCGGUUGCUCGAAAGAAAGUCUCCGCAGCCGAAACCCCCAGAGAGGCCCUCAGGACCGAUGCAAGGCAUGUUCCAGGCGCCGCCGAAGCCGAUGGGCGCGAUGUACCCGAUGAACGGGCACUUCGAGCGCGAGCCGAACCCGGAGCAGAACGAGGCGCUCAGCCUGGUGGUGACGCCGAAGAAGAAGCGGCACAAGGUGACGGACACGCGCAUCACGCCGCGCACCGUCAGCCGCAUCCUGGGCGAGGGCGUGGGCCACUCGCCGGAGAGCAAGUUCCCGGAGUCGCCGUCGCCGCGGCCCUACCACGGCGGGAUGGCGCUGCCGACGUCGGUGGCGAUACCGAACCCGUCGCUGCACGAGAGCCAGGUGUUCUCGCCGUACUCGCCGUUCUUCGGCGCGGGCGGCGGGCUGGCGCGCUCGCCGCCGGCGCCGGAGCGCGACUCGCCGCCGCUGCCGCACGCGCCGGCGCUGCUGCACCCGGCGCUCCUGGCGGCGGCGCACCACUCCUCGCCCGACUACCUGCGCCACCACCACGCGCACGUGCCGCACCACCUCUCCGUGCCGCACCACCCGCACAUGGACGCGCAAGACCCGCACUCCGACUGCAACUCUACAGACCUGCCUUACGACGGAGUACAGCCUACUUCUUCGACGCUGACGCCGAUGCACCUACGCAAGGCGAAGCUCAUGUUCUUCUGGGUCCGGUAUCCGAGCUCCGCGGUGCUCAAGAUGUACUUCCCCGACAUCAAGUUCAAUAAGAACAACACGGCUCAACUAGUCAAGUGGUUCUCCAACUUUAGGGAGUUCUACUACAUCCAGAUGGAGAAAUACGCCCGGCAGGCCAUCAGUGAGGGCCUGAAGACGGCGGACGACAUCCACGUCGCUGGGGACUCCGAGCUGUACCGGGUGCUCAACCUGCACUAUAACAGGAAUAACCAUAUUGAGGUUCCGCCCAACUUCAGAUACGUGGUGGAGCAGACGCUGCGCGAGUUCUUCCGCGCCAUCCAGGGCGGCAAGGACACCGAGCAGAGCUGGAAGAAGUCCAUCUACAAGGUGAUCUCGCGGCUCGACGACCCCGUGCCCGAGUACUUCAAGUCGCCCAACUUCCUCGAACAACUCGAGUAGGCCUCCACGAGGCAACUCCAUGAGGCAAAUCGGCCUCGCCACAACAAAACUUUUGGAAAAAAUGUUUCGCACACCAAAAUUAUACGACACUCGCAUUUAGGCCUUCAGAAUCAAAAUUAUUAAUAAAAAAAGUUAAAUUAAAUUAUAAAUUUUGAAGUUGGACGUGGGACGCGCGCAAGCGCUCUAGACAAUUCAUUAGGUUAUCGAGUAAGAGAAAAUUUAAGUCACCUAGAAUUUUAUUUCUGCACAUAAUAUAUUUCGCUAUAUAUAAUUAUUAUUAUAUUAUUAUUAAGUAUUAUCUUAAAAUGGUUUUAUAGUUGUGUAUAUUAUCUUAAAAAUCAUUUAUUGAUUUACUCUUUAAGAAAAAAACGAUUAAUAUAUUAAUUGCUUAAGUUUUGA